AGGAAGCUGUCAACGGCCCCGACUCGCUGACCAGCUACGCCUAUGGAAAUGAUGACGGUGAAGGACGCGAGGCCAGGAUGUGCCUGUGGAACAACCCUGGCAACGAUACGACAGGGGCGCUGGCACGGACAAGAAAGCUGGCCCACACCGCGGAGGAGGUGAGGGUUAUCUGCCGUUUGUAGUCAUGGUUCAUAGAAUUCCUUUGGUGGAACAAAAGAGUGGGGAAGUAAGAUUCACAGAAGAACGUCGAUUAUCCGAAAAAUUGGGACCUUGAGUGACUCGGACGAUUUCAAAAGACUCCUGGACGUUAAAGAAGUUGAUACAUAAAAUACGUUAUAUAUUCUCGUCGUAUAAACUUAUUGGGCUUUAUUAUUCUUGUAAUAUUUCUCGCUUUCCAUUAUGGCUUCACAAUUGAUUCAUGUCUAAACCCGGACAGGACUGAAAUGGUGUUUUUUUUCUUAAAGAUGAAAAGAGAUCGUUUCCAAAAAUAGAUAAAUCAAGCUUAGAGUAAAACAGAUGAGUGGCGUUUAGAGUAAAACAGAUGAGUGGCGUUUAGAGUAAAACAGAUGAGUGGCGCUUAGAGUAAAACAGAUGAGUGGCGCUUAGAGUAAAACAGAUGAGUGGCGCUUAGAGUAAAACAGAUGAGUAGCGCUUAAAGUUUAAUUCGAGGGCAUUUUUGUCUUUUGUCUUUAAUCUAGGGUGUCCAAAUCAUGAACUGGAAAAAACGGGACACACCCAAUGAGGGGUUGGGGAAGGGGGGAUACCCUCCAGCUAAAGAGGGGCCCGGGGCUCCACUGGAAACUGUUUAUUGAAAUAUGCUCAUUUGAACUAUUUUGAGACCUAGAAAUCUUUUUUAAAUUUACCUUCACUUUUGCAAUUUAAUUUAAACUUUGAGGCAUAUCAUAAACGAAAACUAUAAUUUUUCAGUGAAUUCUUAUAUCUUUAUAUAUAUUUUACAACAUAAUACAACACAAAAAAUUAAAUUUCUCGAGUCUAGGAUUUAAAUUGAGGAUAUUUGGCUGUUGUCCCAAACAUUGUUAAAACCUCCUUCUUAUCUUAUGUAAAGUUGUCAAAACUAGAACAGAAUAUAUGUUUGGUUUUAGAAACGGGACAUUUAGGCGUCCCGGUAGGCUUUUUCGGGACACCGGGCACGAUCGUGAAACACCGGGACAAAUCGUAAAGAGCGCCCAAACGUUAAGCAAGGGGCGCACUUCUUAAACUGUAGUAUUACACAAACUGCGCCUUACACCACAUCAUGGCGGCUCUUCAUAUAAUUUCACCAUUCCCAGCUGCUCGGCAGCCCCGUCUACCACUACCACAGCAAACUGAUGAUGAAGGACGCCAGGUCGGGGGGCAAGUUCGUCUGGCACCAGGACUACGGCUACUGGUACAAGUUCGCCUGCCUCUUCCCGGACAUGCUGACCGUGUUCAUAGCCCUGGACCGGACGGAGAAGGAGAACGGCUGCCUGCAGGUGCUCAGGGGUUCUCACAGGUGUGGACGCAUCGAGCACGGCAUCGUAGCGGAUCAGGUAAAGUUGGGGGGGGGGGGAGGGGUGUUUACAACAUCAGAAAAUUCAAACCGUAGAAAAUAAGGACAAAUAUUUAAACACAGCAGGAUGUUUGCAUCAAUGGAAAGAGAUUUUUUUUGUUUUUAAUUGCAUUCCUCAUGCAGCCUACAGCAACAAUAACAUCAUGGAAUAAGAUCCAAACAUCAUAACAACAAUACCACACAUACAUUUUUACAUAACAACAAUACAGCACAUACAUUUUACAUAACAACAAUACCACACAUACAUUUUACAUAACAACAAUACAGCACAUACAUUUUACAUAACAACAAUACCACACAAACAUUUUUACAUAACAACAAUACAGCACAUACAUUUUACAUAACAACAAUACCACACAUACAUUUUACAUAACAACAAUACAGCACAUACAUUUUUACAUAGCAACAAUACAACACAAACAUUUUUACAUAGCAACAAUACAACACAUACAUUUUUACAUAACAACAAUACAACUUUUAACAUAACAACAAUACCACACAUACAUUUUUACAUAACAACAAUACAGCAGAUACAUUUUUACAUAACAACAAUACAACACAUACAUUUUUACAUAGCAACAAUACAGCACAUAAAUUUUUACAUAACAACAAUACAAUACAUAAUUUUUUACAUAACAAUGCCAGGCGUACAUUUUUACAUGACAGCAAUAGUACGAUAAGGAGCAUUUGGGGAUUAGUUACGCAUCUUGAAUGUAUGAAACAUUCCAACUAUUGAUUGUCUAUGACAUCCUAACUUUGAUUGUAUACAAAACCAUAACUUUGGAUGAUUAUAUGUAACAUCAUAUUGAUUGUAUAUAGCAUCUUCAUUUUUAAAAUUGUAUAUUUCCAUCCACCACUGAGCACAAUCGUAACCGUAACGCGAUGUUCACUACCUAUCCCUCCCCCACCCCCACCCCCCAAACUCUCCACAUUACCACCCACCUGGCCCUUCAGACUGGAGCCGACCUUGACCGUGUCGCAGAGCUGGAGAAGAAGCUUGAGAGCCUGUAUGUGGAGAUGGGCCCCGGGGACGCGCUGUUCUUCCACGGCAACCUCCUCCACACCAGCAGCGCCAACACCAGUGACCUAAGACGGUGGGCCAUCUUAUCCUGCUACAACAGCAUUCACAACAGCCCUUAUGAGAAGGUAAGUGCAGCCUGCUGCAACAUCAACCACGGCACCGUCUAUCAAAAGAUGAAGUGGGUGCGUUGCUUACAACAUCACUGACAACAGUCCCUGUCAGGAGUCAAGUGGGUGCGUUGUCUUAUGAGAAGGUAAGUGCAGCCUGCUGCAACAUCAACCACGGCACCGUCUAUCAAAAGAUGAAGUGGGUGCGUUGCUUACAACAUCACUGACAACAGUCCCUGUCAGGAGUCAAGUGGGUGCGUUGCUUACAACAUCACUGACAACAGUCCCUGUCAGGAGUUAAGAGUUGCGUUGUUGUUGUGUUGUUUUGUUUUUAUAAGGAAAUAAUUUGUACCUUGCGCAGAAACGUUGUUGGUAGAUUGAGAAUAUAUGAUGCAGGAUUGAGAUGUAAGAUUGAGGAUGUAUGAUGCAGGAUUGAGAUGUAAGAUUGAGGAUGUAUGAUGCAGGAUUGAGGUGUAAGAUUGAGGAUGUAUGAUGCAGGAUUGAGAUGUAUGAUUGAGGAUGUAUGAUGCAGGAUUGAGAUGUAAGAUUGAGGAUGUAUGAUGCAGGAUUGAGAUGUAUGAUUGAGGAUGUAUGAUGCAGGAUUGAGAUGUAAGAUUGAGGAUGUAUGAUGCAGGAUUGAGAUGUAAGAUUGAUGAUGUAUGAUGCAGGAUUGAGGUGUAAGAUUGAGGACGUAUGAUGCAGGAUUGAGAUGUAAGAUUGAGGAUGUAUGAUGCAGGAUUGAGGUGUAAGAUUGAGGACGUAUGAUGCAGGAUUGAGGUGUAAGAUUGAGGAUGUAUGAUGCAGGAUUGAGGAUUCGGAGAGGUAUUGUCUAACAUAAGUUCCACGCUUGAAAUUUUGUCGCAGUCGCUUGUACUUCCUAUAACUUCGGCUUUAAAUAUGUUAUGUGCCAAUUCAUGAUUUCCGGUACAAGUUCAGCUUUGAGCGACCAUUUUUUUAUGUGCUUAUUAUUUUCGCACUAUCUGAGUAAGAUGAGGCUUCCGCGCUGGCCUGAACUGUGACGUCAUUCUAUUUUAUCGUCCAGAUCAACCACGCCCUUUAUGCAGAGCCACUUGUCCAGCUGGACAAUGAUGCCGUCCUGAAGAAAGGGGUGAGCAGAGAUCUGACCGGAAAGGAGGUCCUGGUGAAGAACGAUGGCAAGUUCGGGUUGUACUUCUCGUCAUGAGCAAAGAUCACUCCUCCGUGACGUCAUCGGUUACCUUUUCCCCUCCUCCUGUUCGAUUCUACUCAUUCAGGAUUAAAAUCAAUUUAUAAACUAAUAAAUUAAACAACACCUUAAGACCAAGAUUUUCGAAUAAAUCCUUGACAUUCAU